AUGCUUUUUCAGCCCAGCAGGAGUCAGCUACGUGCACAUCACAAGACUCGGAGGAAACCCACUAACCCUCCUAUUUUCUUGUACAAAGUUGAAAAAGUGGCAGUUUGGAGGGGCCCUCAGAUAACUCUGGUGGCUCAUUCUGUCCCUUCGGAGUUGAUCUGUGAAUGUGUUGGAGGGAAAAAUCAUCACACAGUCUCCUUUUAACUGUUUAAAUUACAGGGAGAAGCAGCUUUAAGAAAAAAGUGAAAAAGACUGUUUUUAUUUCCAUGGAAUUCCGCCUCCAGAACUCUCCAGCAAGAAAGAUCGAAGCAAAAUGACAAAUUCUCAAUUUAACUGUCAAUACUGCACAGUGUCGCUUCUUGGGAAGAAGUUUAUGCUAAAGGAGGGCAAUCCAUACUGCCUUUCCUGUUAUGAUCGUGUCUUUUGUAACUAUUGUGAGGAGUGCAAACAAGCAAUUGAAUCAGAUUCCAAGGAUCUUUGUUACAAAGGCCGGCACUGGCACGAAAGAUGCUUCAACUGUGCCAAGUGCAAUCACUCUUUGGUGGAAAAGCCUUUUGCUGCCAAGGAUGAGCGCCUGCUGUGCUCAGAGUGCUAUUCUAACGAAUGCUCCUCCAAGUGCUUCCACUGCAAGAAGACCAUCAUGCCUGGUUCCCGCAAAAUGGAAUUUAAGGGAAACUACUGGCAUGAAACCUGCUUUGUGUGUGAGCAUUGCCGACAGCCCAUAGGAACUAAACCUUUGAUCUCCAAAGACAGUGGCAAUUACUGUGUGCGGUGUUUUGAGAAGGAGUUUGCUCACUACUGCAGCUUUUGUAAGAAGGUGAUAACUUCAGGUGGGAUAACAUUUCGUGACCAGCCAUGGCACAAACAGUGCUUUCUGUGUAGUGGCUGUAGGAAAGAGCUCUGUGAAGAAGAGUUCAUGUCCAGAGAUGGUUAUCCAUUCUGCCUGGACUGCUACGACCACCUUUAUGCCAAAAAGUGUGCGGCCUGCACCAAACCCAUUACCGGUCUCAAGGGUGCCAAGUUCAUCUGCUUUCAGGACCGCCAGUGGCACAGUGAAUGCUUUAACUGCGGGAGGUGCUCAGUCUCCUUGGUGGGGGAAGGCUUCCUGACCCAGAACAAGGAGAUCUUCUGCCGCAAAUGUGGCUCUGGGGUAGAGACGGACAUCUAGAAAGAGACGGUCCUUCCCUCCCUAAAAUCCACCUUGCUUUUGUUCUCACUAAACCCAGAAGUUGGUUGAAGUCAUAUUUCUGAUUUAAGUUUUAGAAAAUAUUAAUGUAGCGUUCAUAACAGAAGGGUUUGGCAAACAUUCUGAUUGAACUGUAUUAUAAGAGCACAAAAAGGCACAGUUUAACAGAAAGGAAUAUAUACUAAUUCACAAAGGCACCUUUCCUUGCAAAAUACUGCACUCUGCUGUUGGAAACAUAGGAAAUUAUCUCUUAUUGUAAUAAGGUAUAUGACCUAUACAAAGAAGUCAUGGAAGUUAUUACUAAAGACAGAUGUUUCUCAAAGGUGCAGAAUAAAAACGAAAUUAGAGGUCAAAUUAAAAGGCAUAGGUUUGCAUUCCUACUGAGUCAGUUUUACAUAAUGUGAUAUGAACAGUAGGGCCACAGUGAUCAGGGAAAACUGAUAAGCAUUCAUCACGUAUAAGAAUUCUGUCAUUUUAUCUUUUAUUACUCACGCAUGCUGACUUGGAACACCAAAACUGCAGUUUGCCCUCAGCCACACUGCUUCCACAGCUGGCUGGUUCCCAUGUUUAAGCAAUGGAAUCUGAGGAUUGUAGGUGCUGUGGCUCUCGUAUGUUAGAGAUACAGUGGGUCCUCCCUACCUGGGGAUAGUCAACCCACAGGUUUCAACACGUUUUGUAUUAAAUGUGCUUUCAAAGCCCACAUGAUUUUUCUAAAGCCUUACUUUCUUUCAUGAAAGUAAAUGUCUAUUCUUUCAAAUGGGCUAACCAGGAUAAUCAUUGUCCCCAAAGGCAAACCUUUAAAGUAAAUAGAUCAUUAAAUCAUCACUUGUGGAAAUGAGUUUCAGGGAAGGGAUUGAGUGUUGGAACAUGACUUUCAUCCAGAUAUCUAAAGGCAUAAUAGAAUGCGUAAUUAGCUCUGAGCCUCAUGCAUUCUGACUUCUAAAAUUACAUUGAUGAUUAAUGGAAGACCAUAAAAGUGGGCUUUGAAGACAGCUAGUAAUACUAAGAACUGAAAAAGAAUAAUUCACAGCUGGUGAUUCAAGACCCAGAAAGCAGCAGAGUAGAGCCGCAGGAGCUAUGAGGGAACCCUCCCACCUGCCCUCCAGGCCUGCGCUGCCUACGCCGCCCCUGCCGCACUCCCCACCCACGCUGACCCGGCCCCAGAGGCGCACUCACAACCCGAAGCAGCCAUUCUAAAAAUGAGUCCGUUUUAUUGGUCAUAAGAGAAGUAAUAGACUUCCGGGGAAGUGCGGACAAUAUUUUUCACUUUGUAUGGGACAAAUGGAAAGCAACCUCUGCUACCUUUUUCAGUCCACUUGAGUGGUGUAGAGGGAGGUCAGGAGAAGAAGCGCACAAAGACAUACAUUUUUAUGUGUCUACUCAGACUGAAACAUAGCAUUAAACUUUCUGAUUGAAAUCUAAUUACAUGUUGUGGCUGAUUACCAUGAUUAAAAUAACAUCACAAGCGAUCCAAUUAAAAUUGUUAUGGAAACACAAUUUUUGAAAUAGUUUAAAAUGCAAGGACAUUUGGAGAUGCUAACAAUUUAGAGAUACUAAUAAAAGCUCAGGCUACAUACGUUAUUUGAAAAUAGUAAUCGUCUUUCUUUUUUUUUUGUAUUAACAAUGCCAAGAUCUUUUUUUUCACAUUCACUUUAAUAAUAAGGAAUGAAAUAUGCCAAUUUUUCUGUGCCCUAGAAAAUAAUAAAGCAUUGCAUAUUUAGAAAGCCAAGGCAUUCUAAGACUGGAUAGAUACACAACAUGUAACAUUAACUCAGUUAACCAAUUCCAUAUAAACACACGAAAUGUAAUGUUUUCUUAAUUAAACAAUCGGUAUUAUUGGGGCACUUUGCUGCAUGUAAGGGAAGAGAUCAGACUUCAGUGGUGGUGCUGAGGCGAGGGGAGGGUCAGCCAGGCUUCGGAAAUAUGGGAAUGUCAGGUAAACAAACCCCUUCCCACAGCUCAUAAAAAGUGUCACAGACCUUAUCCUAUAAUUGAUUUCGGGUCAGUCAAGGAAAAAGCUCUCUAAAGGACCCAUUUAAAGAUGGAAUUGGUGGCCUGGAGAAGCAGCGGGCUCCUAGGGAUUGAAAGAGCAACAUCUGCACAGGUAGGAAGCAGGAGCAAGUCUGUGCUAAAAACAGGCCUGGGCACUAGACUAUGGGCCUGGGCACAACAGAAACUGCCCCAAAGAGCAAGAGGAAAUGAGAUUGCUACAAGGGAAGGGGUCAGAUGAAAGGAGAGUGUUAACUCUCCGUUAAGUUUUAUAAAAGGUUUAUGUUUGCAUAAGGUGCAAUAGAAAGUUAUGAACUAUUCUUAAGAAAAAAACAACACAACAGAGUUUGAGAAAGAUCCUGCUAAAGAUUCUGCGUGGCCUAGAACUGAAGAGGGCGAGGUCCAAAGUCUAGGCCUCCUCAAGCGUGCGGUUAGUGGAAGAGACAAGUAUCAGUAAGUAUCAGUAAGAGCUAUAUGUGCAAGACGACAAAUCAAAAUAUUUCCUGUUGUCAUGUGAUUAAAAAUGACAAAAACGCAGGAAAGAAAUUUCUGCCUCCAUGCUAACAGGGUGCCCAAGGGCUCAGUUUGCACUUUACCAAUGGACUGUAGAACAAUCCAGACCCAUUGGUUAAAUGAAGUGUGACAAUGCUACCAUCAUGAGUUUGAAACUUACAUAGUCGAUAUAACUAUACAAAGAAAACCCUCUGUUGUAUGCUGUACCACAAAUGAAAAAUCAGCCCCAAAAUAUGUCUGAUGUUAGUGACAUCGUUUUUUAAUUUAAGUAACAUGUAUUUUUAAUCUACCUGGCAUAUUAAUAUUCAUAUUUUAAAUUAAAAAUGAUUGUUAUAGUAUGUUUUAGAUA